GAGAGAGAGACUUUUACCUCUGACCAGUCUCCACCCAUAAUAGCCUGCCAUCCAGGAGGGAGUGGCUGACCGAGGGAGGGGAAAGAGAGAGAGAGGGAGAGGGGGAAAGCUGGAGAGCUCUGCGGUAGCAGUCAGCGCAAGAACCAAAGCAGAGAAAGACUGGGAAAAAGAAGGUAGAUAGAGAAAGAAAGAAACAGUGGAAUUAGGAGCAAAGAAAUAAAUUAAAGAAGAAAAAGAGAGAGAAGUCCUGUCCUUUCAGACCUGGACAGAAGAGACUGAGAGAGAGGGAAAAAAGACAGACACAUUAAUUAGAAGUAGUCUUGGACUUCACAUUGGAGACACAUGUCCAUGCGAGGAGUGUUGCUGCUGCUGUGAUCUGUCAUUCCUCCUCCCCAGAGUGUGUGUGUGUGUGUGUGUGAGCCUGUCGUUCCUCUGGAGUCUACGGGACCAUGGCACCUGUCAGGAACGGAUGAACUUCAGGCUUAAAGGACUCGCGGGGGGAAAAGAAAGAGAAAAAAGCUGAAAGAGUAAAAGUUUUCAGUGUGGAGAGGAAACUCCACAUUCACAGCAUCACUGUAACAACAAGCAGAACGACGAGCCGUCACUGCACCAGCUGCCACCAAAACCAGCAUCUCAUUCAACCAUCUGUGUGGCAGCUGCCUGCGGAUAAGAAGUUCUGGUCCUCCUCUGAAGAUGAUGACGAUGAUGAUGAUGAUGUGCUGCUCGCUGGUCCUGUUUGGGCUGAUUGGCAUCAGUGCUUCAUCCAGCGGAAGUUCAUCUUCCUCCCCCCGGAUGAAGCUGUCUUAUAAAGAUCUCCAGCAGUUUAAUGGCAUUAAACGGUUUGACUUGGAGCGUUCGUGUUGUUUCGGAGCUCUCCUAUUGGACGAGGAGAGGGGGCGGCUGUUUGUUGGAGCUCGCAAUUUCCUGUUAUCUCUCAGUCUCGACAACAUCAGCAAACAGGAACAGAAGAUCUACUGGCCAGCACCUGUUGAUUGGAGAGAAGAGUGCAACUGGGCCGGGAAAGACAUCAACACGGACUGCGUUAACUAUGUGAAAGUGCUACACCACUACAAUCGGACUCACCUGUACGCCUGUGGGACAGGGGCUUUCCACCCCACCUGUGCUUAUGUGGAGGUGGGACAGAAGAUCGAGGAUCAUGUGUUUAGAAUCGACCCUUCUGUGGUAGAAGAUGGAAAAGGAAAGAGUCCAUACGACCCACGCCACACAUCAGCAUCUGUUCUAAUUGGUGAUGAGCUUUAUGCAGGGGUGGCCACUGAUUUGAUGGGACGGGACUUUACAAUCUUUCGCAGCAUGGGACAAAGGCCCUCCAUACGAACAGAACAGCAUGAUUCUCGCUGGCUUAAUGAGCCCAAGUUUAUUGCAGCAUAUGGUGUUCCGGAGAGUGAGAAUCCUGACGAUGAUAAAGUCUUCUUCUUCUUCAGAGAAACUGCUGUAGAAGCUCAGGGAUUUGGGAAAGUUACAUAUUCCCGGAUUGGUCAGCUCUGCAGGAAUGAUAUGGGAGGACAGCGCAGUCUAGUAAAUAAGUGGACGACAUUUCUAAAGGCUCGUCUUGUGUGUUCUGUGCCAGGCAAUGAUGGCACUGAAACACAUUUUGAUGAACUUAGGGAUGUGUUCCUGCUGCAGACCCGUGACCGAAAGAACCCGCUGAUCUACACCGUCUUCACCACCUCAAGCGUAUUUCAAGGUUCUGCAGUGUGUCUCUACACCAUGAAUGACAUUCGUCGGGCAUUUUUAGGACCUUUUGCCCACAAAGAGGGACCCAAUUAUCAGUGGGUUCCAUUCCAGGGUAAAGUGCCCUACCCACGGCCAGGCAUGUGUCCCAGUAAAACGUUUGGGAGUUUUGAGUCCACUAAAGGUUUCCCUGAUAAUGUAAUCCAGUUUGCAAGGCACCAUCCAUUAAUGUUUAAUCCAGUCACUCCACUGGGAGGCAGGCCACUGUUCCUGCGUACUGGAAUCCCAUACACCUUCACUCAGAUUACUGUAGACCGCGUCAAUGCCGCUGAUGGACACUACGAUGUAAUGUUCAUCGGAACAGAUGUCGGCACAGUGCUGAAGGUGAUCUCUGUGCCCAAAGGAAGCUGGAGUAACACAGAGCUUCUGCUAGAAGAGCUUCAGGUCUUUAAGGAUUCUUCAUCUGUUAUCAGUAUGCAGAUUUCCUCUAAACGGCAACAGCUGUAUGUUGGCUCAGACACAGGUGUUGUCCAGGUGCCUCUGCACCGCUGCAGUAUGUACGGUAAAGCUUGUGCCGAGUGCUGUCUGGCUCGAGAUCCGUACUGCGCCUGGGACGGACACACCUGCACACGCUACCUGCCAAACACAAAACGGAGGUUCCGGCGUCAGGAUGUGAGGAAUGGGGAUCCUAAUGCACUCUGCUCAGGAGACCAUCAGAAGCAGCGUGUCCUGGAGAAGAGGCUGUAUGCUGUGGAUGGAAGCAGCUCCUUCCUGGAAUGCAUCCCGAAAUCACUACAGGCCCAGAUUACAUGGACCUAUCAGAGGCACCCAGAAAACCCACGGGAGGAGGUUCGUCUAGAUGACCGUGUUUUGCAGACCGAGCGAGGCCUGUUGCUAAGGCGAGCGGUGCGUAGAGACAGUGGUGUGUAUCAGUGUCAUGCGAUGGAACAUGGAUUCACCCAAACCCUCCUCGCGAUCACGCUGGAGAUUUUGCCUUUGGCUGGCUCCGCCCCUUCAGCUCCUAUCCCUCGCAGCCCUGCCCAAUCCCACGCCAAUCACGGGCAGUCAACGAAUCAAAAGCUGUGGUACAGAGACUUCAUGCAGUUGGUGGAUCAUCCAAACUUAAACACAGUCGACCAGAUCUGCGAACAAGUUUGGUCACGCAGGCACAGCCUAUCAGGGAAGAGCACUCCAGAUCCAGCCAAUGAGGCGCCAGUUCACGACCCACUGCACUCUAAAAAGUGGAAGCACCUGAAGGAAGUGAGGAAAGGGCGAAACCGCAGAACGCAUGAUGGGAGGCCCGCCCCCAGAGCACCGCGGAGCGCGGGAGAGUAGCGAGGGAUGAGAGACGGAGUAAAAAAGAAACUGAGAGACAGGAAGAAAGAGCAAAAACCACUGGAGGUUGACAGAUUCUCACACAGCAUCUCAUUCAGUGACUGUUUAUCGCCUGUUCUGCUUCUUAUUAUCCCUGUGACGACACUUCACUGCUUGUUAUCAGUCUCUAUAUACUCUAUUGUCCUCAUCUCCAGUCUGAAGACUCAAUCUAGUGCCCCCACGACCCCAAUCCCGCUCCCGCCAGCAUCUAUUACUCCUGAUGGUUAUCCAGAAACCCACACUCCAUCCAUCUGAAUACAAACCAAACUCAAGAGCUCCUAAAGUCCAAAAAAUCCCUUUGAAUUGUAACAGAAAAGCUUUGAUCGGAUAUUGAAGACAGAAAGACAUGCAUGCGCUCUUGUGGACAAACGUUGAGUAAAUCCAUGCAUACUCUUCUUCGUUUUCAUCUGGUUGUUUGUGCAACAUGUGUUCUUAGAUUAGAUUCUUCUCUCACUUUGGCCCUGAAACACAGACCUCACAGACCCUUGACUCACCAUAUGAGCGUCCUCACUCUUCUUUCACUGCUUGAAGACUUAAAACACAACAUUUCAAGCAAACAAAAGAUAAAAACUGUACAUUGUGUUCUGGUAAGGUUGUACAUGUGACGGUAAUUAUAUACCUUGUAUGUAUAAAGGGUUCAGUGAGCUUUACAUUUCUGCCAGUUCUGUAAAGUAACAAAGGGGAAUUAUUUUGAGUUACGAAGUAGUUUCAGGUGUUCUGAUUAUGUGUUCUAUGAGACUGAGAUGGACACAGCAUUAAUGUACAGGGGGCAUCAUGGUAGUAUGGUCUGAGACCAGGUGAGGAAGAACUCUUUUAGACACCUUUAGGUCUAAACUUACAACUAACCUGUUGAAAUAAUAAUAAUAAUAAUAAUAAUAAAAGUCUGAAGAGUUAUGUAAAUGUGUCUGUAAGAGAGAUUUACAUGCUUUUUAUACGCCUAACCUGAUUUUACCAAGUGAGACAUGUUCCUGGGACAACAUCGUUGUUGACCCUGGAACAACAUUGUGAUUAACCAAUCACAUUUGAAGAACCAGUUUAUAGAUUUUGUGAAGUUUAUGCUUAAAAUCAGUGUUUGCUGCUUGUGCAUCAGUGUCAUUCAUCUAUCAUUUCCUCUGAUUUUAGGGAUUACUCAUGGUUAAGGUUAGGUUUAGGUGUAGGGAUAUGGUUAAGAAUAUAUUUUUGGAGUAAAAUGUUGUUCCAGGGUCAACAAAAUAUGUUGACCUAGGAACACAUCGGACUUGGCAAAAUCAGGACGUGCUUUUUAUACAGCUCGGCCAUAUAUAUUCACAGUAGAAAAAAAGUGUUCUGUGAGCAUCAUAUACUGUAAGACCACAGCUCAUGUAUUUUGUAUGCUAGAUAAUGAGUUAAAUCAGGAAACACAGAUCCAAGGCCCUAUCUGAAGAGAAGAAACAAGAAAAAGUACCCAAGAAAGAUGUCUUCAGCUCUCACUCUGACAUUUCAGAUGAAUAUUUAAUUGAACACAUUCAAAGAGUCUAGCCAAUGGGCCAUUUAUUUUUAAUUGAUUCUUUAUGUCUUUUCAAAAUAGUGGUGUUGAAUUUGUCGCUAAAUGCAUGCUUACAAACGUUCGAUGCCAAAGUUUUAUUAUUAUUAUUAUUAUUAUUAUUAUUAAUAUUAUUAAGCGGUAUGGGAGCGAGUCAGACAACUUACAUUUACCCUGUUACUUUUUCUGCACAAAAUACCAUAUUUAGGCUACUGUAGUCAUAGUCGCUAACGUAUAACUGUGGUAAAAUGAUAUCCACCGCCACAAAAAAAAGAAAAAAAAUAGAAGAAAACGAACGUUUGUACAGUAUUUUGGACUCUAAGGUGAUUAGCAAGGUAAAAGGAUGGCGCUGGCGGAGGAACUCCUCUAGAGGCUCUUGGUCUGAGCGCCCUCUUCUGGUGUCUGCGGGUAUUUGUGGUUUCUGUUGUGUCGAGGAUGAGAGAAACGUGGCAUUGUGAAAUAAUCAACUCUGAUUAAUUUUUAAGUGGAUUUAAGAAUAUUUCGAGCGGAACUGGUGGAUUAUCAUUUGGUAGUAUUUAUAUGUUUUCUAAAAGUUGUACUUAAUUGUUAUUUUUGCAUGACUUAAAACGUCUUGGUGAGCGUUUUUUUAUACAAUGGAAAGACCAUGUUUAAAACUGUCCUGCAAGAUUAUCUGGUGUUUUUAGCGCAUAUUUAUGGCUCGAUAAGCUAAUGUGUCGUGGUGGUUUGUGAUGAAACUGACCGAAAUGUGUAAUGUCCAUUCUGAUGAGAACAUCCUUGUGUGUAUAUUUUGAAAUCCUCUCCCUUCUUUUGAAUACAUAUUUAAAGACUCCAUUCGAAAGUAAUUAUUUGGGUAAUUUAAAAGACUAUUCAAACAGCAUUUUAAACUCAUCUGAUUUUCCUUUCUUUGUGACGUUUCUCAGCUUUUGAGGAGAGUGUAAGAAAAAAAAGCGGGUGUAAGGCUGUGUGUCUCAAAGUGAAAGAGGCUCUGUGUGUUUGUGCCAUUAAAUAUUAGGAUUUCUGUACAGUGGGGAAAAUUGUGAGUUGCAUUUUGUGGACAAGUCAAAGGUCGAAGGCCAAAGUUGACGUGAACACUGUAUUAUUCCCUGAGUAUUUUCUCUGUGGAUUGUUGCAUCAGACUGUAAAUGAUUAACACAAUAAAACAUAAAGUUACUGAAAAUAA